AUGCCUGGAAUGCCGCUCCUUAAGAAGGUGUCUCAUGAUAGCUUUCCCACAGCAUCUGAUAUAACCCGAGCGAAUAUGGAACAUGAGGGUUUGGGGAUCCAUACUCGCGGAAGUCCCAAAAGAAAUAUUUCCGCGUCCCGCAGACAGCCUAUGCAUGUCUCUUCUCAAACGGCAAUGUCUGGCGUUGCAAGCGCCAGUGACCCAAGAUCAAUACCUCAUGAUCCUGUGCGCCUCGUUUCUCGUGUCCAUACAUCGCCACUCAACCAGUCUUCCCAAUCGUCUAUACCUGGAAGCAGUGACUCUCUUGGCGAAGAAUUUACGGACGGCGAUCUCCUCACGCAGCCUGGGCUUGAAUGCUCUCAUUCGUCAGUGCAUAGCUCUUCCAAGCAAGGUGUGCGAUUAUCGUUACAUAUCCAUGACGGUUCAUUUACGAGGUCACCCGCAGUUUCCCAGACUAACAUCUCCGGCCGUACGUCAUUCGGUUACUCGCGAGAAAAUGGUAGCACGUUAGAUACAACGUCACCAGUGUCGAGAUCAUCAUUAGACUUCGUCUUUCGUUCUAAAACCCGGAGCAGUAUGGAUCCCAUCGCUCGAGCAGCUACAGUACAAGCAGCACGUCAAGCCUUUGAAGAGAAGGAGGCAGCUAAGACAUGGAGGUUCGAGGCCCAGCAAUUGAAGGCUGAGAGGAAGCAGAAUCGGCAGAAAGAAAGACAUUGGCGAAAUGGGCUCGACGAAGACGAUGUGGAAAGUACAAAUAAGGAGAAGCCCGCGCCUGAGGUGUUGCAGCCUUCAGAGUCACCAUCAUCACAACCAGGUGGCUGGAAAUCACAGUCAAAAAAUACUUGGGUGCUUUUUCUGACAUGGUUGCGCACCAGAGUUUUUAAGCUGCGGAGGAAAAUCCGGAGGAUAGCCUGA